CACGCGCUGAGAGAGAUGAUUGGCUCCAUUUUGGGAAAUUUAACACACACACACACACGCACAGAGCACACAGAGAGGGAGAGAAUGUCACAGAGUAAUGGGGAAGGCAUGGAUGCAGGAGAAAAGGAGAACAUGGCAGUUUGGCUACUUGGUGUCAAGACACUUAGUAUUCAACCUUUCAAUCUCCCUCCUCUUGGCCCCCAUGAUGUCAAAGUCAGGAUGAAGGCUGUUGGCAUAUGUGGAAGUGAUGUUCAUCACUUCAAGAAUAUGAGAUGUGCAAACUUCAUUGUCAAAAAGCCAAUGGUGAUCGGCCACGAAAGUGCCGGUGUCAUUGAAGAAGUUGGAAGUGAGGUGAAGUCUCUGGUUGUGGGCGACCAUGUCGCGUUGGAGCCUGGCAUUAGCUGCAGGAGGUGCCAUCUUUGCAAGAAUGGCCGCUACAAUCUGUGCCCGGAAGUGAAGUUCUUUGGCUCUCCUCCAACAAAUGGUGUUCUUGCUAAUCAAGUGGUGCAUCCAGAAAAUCUUUGUUUUAAACUACCAGACAAUGUGAGCUUGGAGGAAGGGGCAAUGUGUGAGCCCCUCAGCGUUGGCGUUCAUGCUUGUCGCCGUGCUAAUAUCAAUCCAGAGACAAAAGUACUAAUCAUGGGAGCAGGACCUAUAGGCCUUGUCACCAUGCUGGCAGCUCGUGCUUUCGGGGCUCCCAGAAUUGUCAUUGUUGACAUAGAUGAUCGUCGUUUGUCAUUUGCAAAAGAUCUUGGUGCAGAUGAGAUCAUUCAAGUUUCAGCAAACAUCAAGGAUGUAGCCGAUGAAGUAGUAAAGAUUCGUAACGCCAUGGGUAGCAGUAUUGAUGUAAGCUUUGAUUGUGUUGGUUUUGACAAAACCAUGUCAACUACUUUGAAUGCCACCAGAGGUGGUGGCAAAGUGUGUCUUGUGGGAUUAGGCCAGAGUGAGAUGACUGUUCCUCUUUGUCCAACAGCCGCAAGGGAAAUCGAUAUAAUUGGCAUAUUUCGAUAUAGGAACACAUGGCCUCUCUGCAUCGAGUUUCUGAGGACCGGUAAGAUUGACGUGAAGCCCCUCAUAACCCACAGGUUCAGGUUUACCCAGGAGGAUGUUGAAGAAGCCUUUGAAACCAGUGCUCAGGGUGGUAAUGCCAUUAAGGUCAUGUUCAAUCUGUAGUAGAUGUAGCUUCAAUAAUGUUGCAUAUGCUGGGGGCUGUUAAUGCCAAUAAGGUCAUGUAAAUAGUCUGGGAAACUCUCUGCAUUUUGGGAUCAGCAAAUAUAUAAAACUAAAUGAAUAAAAGAUGAUAAUAAUGUCUAUGCAAAGAAACUCAGCUGAUCUAAAUGUCUAAUUGGAUCAUGGACAUAUGUAUUUCUGGAAACUUAAAGAAAAAUGACAUGAAUUCGUUAUUGGAA